AUUUCUGCAGCGUUGAGAUGCGGCGUGAGCCCUCCAGUGGCCAGUCCUCACUCAGAACCCAGAGCUCAAUGACCUCUCUGCGCACAGAGAGCAGCUGGUCAAAGGAUUCUGUUGAGGACAAAGCUGUUCCUGGCCAACCCAUCAACUUUGGCACCGUGGUCCCAGGAGUCUACCGAAGCAGCUAUCCCCAGGAGGCUGACUAUCCUUUCAUUGAGAAGCUAGGCCUAAGGACCAUCAUCACACUUGUCGACAAGGAAUUCCCCGAGACGUUUCUGCCUUUCAUGAAGACCAACAACAUCAAGCACUGCCACAUCACCAUGGAGGGAACCAAGAAGCAGACCAUCCCUGUUCAGACUAUGUCUGCUAUCCUUGAGGUGAUACACGACAAGCGCAACCACCCUGUCCUGAUCCACUGCAACCAGGGAAGACACCGCACUGGCUGUGUCGUGGCUAUUACACGCAAGCUUCAGGAGUGGAAUGCCGAACGCAUCCUUGAUGAGUAUAAGUCCUACGCCCAUCCCAAGAUCAGGGAUGGUGACGUUGAGUACAUCAACGGCUUCCAGGUUACCGCCAUCCAGCACCUGGGUCUGGUCCCUCUUGUCGAGAAUCUACCCGUUCAAAAUGUUCAGCCUCGACCCCGUCCUGCUCGUCUUUACGCUGUGGCAGCCCUAAUUAUCAUGGUUUUCGUUUCUGUCAAAGAGGUCAUGAGCGGUGCUUAGUUACUGAGCCGACAUCUCCUCUGGGACCUUAUCUUCAUCACCCGCUGGCCAUAUCUUCCUGCGAUGGCGCUCACCCGGGGCAAUCGAUGAUGAAUGGACUGCGACUCCAACCAGGACUUAUUCGACGGACUUUUGAAUUAUUCUUUUUGUUUUUCUUUUGUUUGAGGCCUUGCAUACCACUGGUGGGGAUCUGCUCUCUGGGGCAUAGACAUGGUAUUAUGGAGGCUAUCAAGAGCUGAGACGACCUCCUGGCGUUCGGGGAACGGGAACUUGUCGCGGUUCAGACGGCACCUUUGAUUUGACUGACUGGACACGUCCCACACAAAGUAGAAAAGUUUGGACUGGAGUUUGGUGGUGGCAGAGCUUCGCAUAGCGGUUUACAGUACCAGGAGCAAUGUACAUUAUCGGGCAGAUGGUGGCAGAAACGGCGAGACGGAGUUUCUGCUCAGAACACAUACAAAAUGGGCUGUUAGACAGAACAGAAUUUUUUUACGAGUAAAAAAUGAUAGGCAGGCCCAAAGCUUGAUUUC